AUGCUCCGCCUCUCCGAUUUGGGUUCUAUGAAGCCUCGCGUCCUACCCCCGGACCAAAAGGACGACCGCGACGAAAACCUCCGCGACGUCGAUGACGUCUUCAACAACAACUACGACGGGCGAAGCAACGACAAGAGUGCUGUUUUCCUACCGGUGUAUAAUAGAGAUGAGAUCACCAAGAGAAACCAGACAGGCUCACCUCUCCUCCUUCUCCCCGCCGAACUCCGCAACGACAUAUACAACUACGUGUUCAACGGCGCCAUCAUCAACGUCAACAAACCACUUGUCAGAAAGGACAUCCGCAGAUAUCGCAGUGUCCGCGCUAUCGUCUACACAUGCCGCCAAUGCUACAUGGAAGCGAAUCGCAUGUCGUUUAAUCUAUGUAGCUUUGAACCCAGCUACUUUGCCCUCCGCUUCUUCUCGUCGUCAAAUCUACCCGCUGGAGGGUUCGGAAAGAUAGAGCGGCUUUGGCUGACGCAGGGGAUUGGGCAGGCUAUCAUUGAGGGACAGGACGAGAUGAAGAGCGCGAGCCUGAAGGAAGAAUUUGCUUCGUUGAAGUAUUUGGAGAUAGAAGUGUGGCGUAUGAAGGUACCUCGGGACCAAUACAAUUCCACUGGCCCUUUGUCAAUCAGUGCCGACAGUAAAUUGAAAGUCGGUAUACAGAAGAAAGAGCUAGGAAACCACACACAGCCCACGAAAAUGGAUAUCCGCGUCCUACGCCCAUCGGACAUUCCGCAUGUUCAGCUUGCGAAUAUUACGAAUUUGCCCGAGAACUAUUUUUGCAAGUAUUACUUGUAUCAUGCUAUGAGUUGGCCGCAGUUGAGCUAUGUGGCUGUUGAUGUAUCCCGGCCUCCCAAGACACCCUACGACCCCCCGAAGAUUGUAGGCUACGUCCUCGCCAAAAUGGAAGAGGAACCCACCGACGGCGUCCAACACGGCCACAUAACCUCUCUCUCCGUAAUGCGCACCCACCGCCGUCUCGGCCUCGCCGAGAAGCUCAUGCGCCAAUCCCAACGCGCCAUGGCCGAGACUUUCAACGCGCACUACGUCUCCCUGCACGUCCGCGUCUCCAACAACGCCGCCCUGCAUCUCUACCGCGAAACCCUCGGCUUCACCGUCGACAAGAUCGAAGCAAAGUACUAUGCCGACGGCGAAGACGCGUACAGUAUGAGGAUUGAACUGGCGGAUUUGAAGGAACAGUUGCGUGACGAAGAAGAAGAAAUCUUCGGUAGUGAAGGACUUGAUGAGGGGGAUGCGGUGGGGAGUGAGGGGCAGAAGGAGAAGAAAGCCGCGAAGAAGACAAAGGUCAAGGUGGGUCGGGGAAAGGGGGUAGUUGACCUGGUGGAGAAGAAUGAGGCGGCUGCUGCUUAG